UUUCUCUUCAUUCUCCUUCCGGGCUUUAGUUCUUUCCUCUUCUUCUAUUGUCUUAUAACCACACCAUGGCCGCACAGUACCAGCAGUACGGCAUCACCCCCGGCCAGUCCGCCGAGGCCCCCAAGCGUCCCCAUCUCUACGUCGGAAACCUCUCCCCCCGCGUCACCGACUACAUGCUCACAGAGAUCUUUGCCGUCGCCGGCCCCGUUGCCAGCGCAAAGAUCAUCCAGGACCGAAACUUCCAGCACGGUGGCUUCAACUAUGGUUUCGUCGAGUACGCCGACAUGCGUUCCGCCGAACAGGCGCUCACCACCUUGAACGGACGCAAGAUAUUUGACUCUGAGAUCAGGGUCAACUGGGCGUACCAGGGCAACCAGAACAAGGAGGACACUCAGCACCACUUCCAUGUGUUUGUGGGCGACUUGAGCCCCGAGGUCAACGACGAUGUCUUGUCCAAGGCCUUUGGUGCGUUCGGCAGCAUGAGCGAGGCGCGUGUUAUGUGGGACAUGAACUCGGGAAAGAGCAGGGGUUAUGGCUUCCUUUCAUUCCGUGAUAAGGCGGACGCCGAGCAGGCUAUUGCGAGCAUGAACGGCGAAUGGCUCGGUUCUCGUGCUAUCAGGGUCAACUGGGCCAACCAAAAGACCCAGACCGGUGGUGCGCGAACUGGCACUCCCGGAUCUGCGCCCAUGGGCAUGCCUCCUAUGGGCAUGGGUCAGGGUAUGCCUCCCCCUGCUGCUGCGCCCAUGGCUACCGCGCCGGUGUACGCUGCUCCUCCCUCCGCCCCCCUCUCCUACGAAUCUGUCGCCGCCCAAACCCCCGAGUUCAACUCUACCGUUUACGUCGGCAAUUUGAUCCCCUACACCACCCAGCAGGACCUGAUCCCCGUUUUCCAGGGCUAUGGCUAUAUCGUCGAGAUCAGGAUGCAGGCCGACAGGGGUUUCGCCUUUGUCAAGCUCGAUACCCACCAGAAUGCUGCCAUGGCCAUCACUCACUUGCAGAACCAGCUCGUGCACGGCAGGCCCAUCAAGUGCUCCUGGGGCAAGGACAAGGGGUCUAUGGAGCCUACCGCUGUCCCUGCUGCCGGCUACCCUCCCAUUCAACCUCAGAUGAGCUACCCUGGCUACAACAACUACUACGGCGGCUACAACUACCAACAAGCUGGUGUCCCUGGUCAGCCUGGACAGGCCGGCAUGGCCGCUCCCCCUCAAGGUGGGGCACCCGUGCCCCAGGUCCCUGGCGCUGCUGGCCAAGCCGAUGGGCAAAUUUCCCAGCAAGGCGCUUGGGAUCCCGCUGCUGCCGCUGCCUACUACCAGGCUGGCGGAUGGGGCGGUUACUACGCUCAACAGCAGGACGGCUCUCAGCAAGCUGGACACCAGUAAACCUGUCUACGCCUCUAUCACCCUUCCAUCCUCGUAAUCUAACUCCCCUGUAAUUCUUUUUCUCUCCCUUUUCCUUUUACUCUCUAUCCGAGGUGAAUCUUUUUGGGCUUUAUUCUCUCUCUGUCUCUUUCCUCUCUAUCGGUUCCUUCUUCUCUUUUCCUUCCAAAUGCAUAUGGCAAAGUUCACAAGGGGAUCAAUUCAAGGAGGGGUCAAAAUGCAAUCAUCUGCGUAUACAUAGGUCUAGAUCGCAAGAUCAAUCACAUAUAUAGACCAAAGUCUUGUCUGAGAUCUCAUAACAUGAUAGCAUGGAUGGACUAUGUUCAGUUUGAUGACUCGAAAGUUGACUUGCUCUUGCUUCGAGAUGCGCUGCGCUGUGUUUUGAGUUUCCUGCAGCAUCAUGCUAGUUGCUCUUGUCCUGUGUUUAUCACUACCAGGUGAUAACGCCGCUGAGAUCAGUAAAGUCAAAUCUCUUCGCAAUGCAACUUCUCAAACUUGUCAUGGUCUCUUUGUAAGACACCCCAGAUUCAGUAUACAAAA